AUGUCUCGCAUCCCUGAGCCAAUCCACAAUCACGUGCCUGCGUGGAAAAAGCUCGGUCUGAAGCUCAAGUUUGCCAAAGAGGAGCCUGAAAACACCCAACCUAGCCAAAACGGCACUGUUGACUGCAGGAAGCGCAAGGCACCUGCGGGAGAAGAAGCUGUGGUAGAGAACGCGCCUUUGGAAAGGCCUGCCAAAAAGCUCAAAGAGUCAAAAUGGAGAGCAGAAGAGGCUGGAGAAGCGGUCAACGGCAAUGGGACGUCUCACGGGGCUCAAGAUGAGGAUAAGCUUAGGAAGAAGAUCAAGAAGUCAAGACCUAGCACCGAGAACUCAGCAGAAACCGUCAAUGGCAAUUACAAAUCUUCCAAUGAGCCUACCAACGCGGAAAGACCCUCGAAGAAAACCAAGAAAGCGAAAGCGAAAUUGGACGUAUCUGCCUUAUCAAUCAAUGGCAAACUUGGUGGUACUCACGAGCAGGAACUCUCGCCUCCACCUGCAUUGAAGACUACUCCUGCCUCAAAAGGGAAAUCCGUCUCAUUCACCCCAGACACUAAGACUAAAGACGGUGACAGUGUCAAAGGCCUCUACAAAGCCUGGAUUGCAAAGCAGAUAGCUACCGAUCCUUCAUUCGACCCUUCGACUGUCAGUCCAGCGCUCAGGUCAAUCGUACCUUCAAUUGUCCCUACACCAGAGUCGGCUUCACCUUUCGUAUCCACUUCAACCUCAAAUUCAGAAUCAAUCUCCAAAGACAAAAAGAAACCCACAAAGAAACCCAAACCCAGACUUCCCAAGACCUCAUCAGGCCCUGGUCCCUCACGUUUCGAUCCCGUACUCACCUACCUCACCACCCACCACACAUCCCCUCAAACCUGGAAGUUUUCCAAACUUCACCAAAAUCAAAUCCUCAAACACCUCUUCUCCCUCACACAUAUCCCUUCAUAUUACGACUCCGCCCUCCUCCCCUACAUCGGCGGCCUCAAAGGCACCACAGCGCGCUCACGAAUCCGAAAAGAAGCGCUCGCAAUCUGUGGAGAGGACGAGAAGUGGCUAGCAUCUGAGCCUUCGGAAACCGAAAGGAUGGAUAACGAGACGGUUGCGCAAUGCAACGCGCGCCGUCGUCGUGAUUAUGAAGCCGCGGUUGCUAGAAUCAAACAGACAUUGAAAGAAAAAGAAGAAGAGCGCGAAGAGCGCGACUGGGAACUCUUAGGCGACAAAGAAGACUGGGAGGAGCGAAUCCGCAAGAGAAGGAGGGCGGAGAUCGUUUUGUGGAAUGUCGGAAGGGAGGAAGAAGCUGCAGAGAAUGAAAGUGUUGCAGUAACGCAGCAGAAUACUUCUGGAGGCAACGGUGGACGUCAAACAAACUCUGGAUUUGAGCAACUCGCGAAGGCCGCACGGGAUCCCGGACCUGCACCAAGAGUGGGAAGAGGAGUCGGAAUGGGGAUGGGUGGGGUCGAAGUGAUUGAUUCAGGAGGCAUCGCGCGGGCUAGCCGGGGGAAGAAGGUGGUUUUUGGCGAGGAUGGGGCUGCGCAGGCUGCUGGGACGGACAGGGUGAAUGAAUUUGGCGGUGCAAAUGGUGUCGGACGGGCUGAUGGAGCCGGCGGAGUCCAUGGGGUUCAGACGCCCGAUUGCGGCAAUGGUGCCCAUGGCAUGAAGCCAAAAAGAAAGCGCAAGCACAAGAGGAGGACGGGGGUGCCGGAUGAUGACGAAAGCAGCAGCGAGAGCAGCAGCAGCAGCAGUGAGGGCAGUGACGAGGAAGAGAAGGAGCAGAAGACGGAGUCGUUGUUGAAGAAGAAGAAGACUGGCGCUGAGGAGUCCAGGGACGUUGAAGCGUCAAGUUCAGGAUCCGGCUCUGGCACGAGCUCGAGCGGAGACUCGGAUUCGGACUGA